CGAAUUGUUUGUUUUUUCGAUUUAAAAGAUUUUAUAAGUAUCAACUUACAGUUAAACUAAAAUGACUUCUGUUACCAAAGCCGCACCGAUGACGAGAGAUGAGACCAAGUUGUUAGUACAGCUUGUAGCAGCUAACACUGUUAUUAUGAGUAAAGCAACAAAUGCUGUUACUAAUAAAAUAAAAGACGAGGCUUGGCAGUCACUUGCAAGCGAAUUUAAUUCUGCCAUCUCUUCUUUUCCACGAACAACGAAUCAACUUCGUUUGAAGUGGGAAAACUUAAAAAAAUCUGCUCGCAAACGUUGUGCAAGCAUGAGAAGCAGCCUUAAUAAGACUGGGGGCGGCAAGGAUUAUUUCCCACCUGACGAAGUUUUAGAUCAAGUCAUGACACUACUGGGCAACACAUGUACAGGGUUCACAGUAGAGUUCGGUGGCGAUGCUGUUGAAAUAGAUAGUGUUGUGUCACCUGACGAUGUGGAAAAUUUAUGCAUUGAUUCUCUUAUUGCUAAUAAAGAAGGUGAUGAUGGUAUUGGUGGUGGUAUUGUAGUUAGUGGUGAAGGUGUACAUUCUUCUGAGAAAGAAUUAAACAUUUUACUAAAAACACCCACUGAAAAGAAGAGUUUUUACUUUGGUAAAGCUAGUGGUAAAGCAACAUUAGGCAAGCGAAAAUUCAAAUUGAAUGAGGACCUAUCAAAAGCCAGGGUGCAAAGAGAAAAUGCUCUAACAGAAUAUUUACAAGCGAAGAAAAAAAAAAUUGACAUUGAAACUGAAAAUGCCCAAUUAAUGUUAGAAAAUACCAAAUUACAAAAUUUGAAGUUGAGGAAAGAGUUAGGUUUAGAUUAG